UCAAGAGGUCAUACAAUGGUCGUCGCUAUCACUGGGAGCACACGGACGUUGAGCCAGCUAUUAUCUUUACUCGUGCACACAGCAGGGUCAAGGACAAGGCUCCACAACCCUGAUGUUAUCAACUUUAUAAUAUUCGGUGCGCUCGAGUGGAGAGUUUACCAUAUACUCAAAGAGGAAUAUCUCCCGGAUGAUUGGAUCAAGGUCAGAAAGAGUGAAGGUGUCAUGGAAAAAGUGCAUGUCCCGUUACGUCGUUGUCGUCAGUGUCGUCACGGUCGCCGUCGUCGUAGUCAUCUACAGCGUGGCAGUGACGAAUAAUCAGAUGCGUAUCACAAUGUCAAAUCUCUCUAUGCCAGAUCAGCCCAUGCUUGCUCACGACCAAAAAGAACAGCCUCUUCCAGGCAUCAAACAGUCAUCUCCUGAAUAUAUAAUUUACAAGUGCUUGAAAGGUCAUGAAUGCGGCGGGUAUGCAGAUCGUCAGAAGGGUAUCGUUGCUGGUUACGUGAUGUCGGUAAUGACGGGCCGUGGAUUCGGCAUAGAGAUGAACAAACCUUGCGAGUUGUCGAACUUUCUUCGCCCAAACGAGGUGGACUGGAUAGUCAGUCCAGAGAUUCACAAACUCAAAUCGCAGACGUUAAAAAAGCUCAACAGUUUGGCACAUCCUUUACGACAGAAAAUGGCAACUGCGGACGUCAGCAAAAUUUUCACAGAAAAGAUAACAUACCUCACUCUCAACACAGAUUUUGUUCGAUAUCUGAAAAAGAAUUAUAUACACAGGAAGAGUCUAGGGUGGAUUGUGAACGCUUCUCUUGGUGAGGUCUAUGCCAGAUCGUGGAGGACGUUGUUUCGUUUAAAGGAUCCUUUGCAAAAGGAUCUGGAUAAAUUCCUAUCUCUCGUUCCAAGGAAUUACUCUCUUAUUUGUGCACAGAUUCGUAUGGGGAAGAAUCCAAGCAUUCCAAAUGAUAGUGAGACAAGAAACGAUGAUAAAAGUGUGAAAACAAUAUGGACAUUUCUGGAACAGUUUAACGAUACGUCAAAAUAUAAAAUAUUUGUGUCAACAGAUUCAGAAAAUAUAAGAAAGGAGAGCCUUAGACGUUUCCCAAAUAAUUCUGUAACACUUCCGGGUGUCAUUGCGCAUGUGGACAAGGCCCCUAGAUGUGACGGCUUCCGGAAGGUGAUACUGGACCAGGAAGCGCUGAGUCAUUGUGACACGCUGCUGCUCACCAACAGCGGGCUGGGGAGGAUAGCAGCGUUCUUUAGACAGCGAGAAGACAAUAUGUAUUGUUUCAUGAAACGACAACUCACAAAGUGUAAUUAUACCUCCCCAGAAUUUAUGCCCAUGAACUGGUAGAAGACGUAUUUGUUGAUGUUGCUAUUUGACGUUCCCAGUUAAUUGAUGUGAAGGUCAUUGAUUCACAAGGCCAUGCUAGGGGUGACAUUUUCUUGAGUAAUUAUGACGCUGUGAAACAAAAAAUAAUCAAUAAAUCUGAAAAAUAAUUAUUCUCUGGACAUGCUGAUUGUCCUUAAAAUAAUGUGUUG